GUAAAGAUAUAACUGAAAGUAAAAAACUGAAGAACACGUUUUGGAGACAAAGGAGUUACGGGGUGCAAUCUGUCCAGCACAGACACAUUGUAAGUACCUGGGUGUAAUGGGUAAAAUAAAGAUUGUCAACGUGUCAAUAUGGUUGAGUCAAUUUUUUGCUUGUAGUAAAGUUUUGUGAAUUAAUAUAUUAAUUUCUGACCUAUUCUAGUGAUCUACAAUGGGCACACCCGUUCCACAGCGGCUGCUGGCUACCCUAGAAAAACUAGACAAGGCUACGUUUCAGACCUUCCAGUGGCACCUGAUGCAGGAAACACUGGAAGGCUUCACUCCCAUGUCAAUCGCCAAUCUAGAGGAUGCUAAGAGGCAAGACACAGUGACUAAGAUGGUGCAGGCCUAUAUGAACGAAGGUGCUGUGAAGAUCACACGGAAGAUCCUGGAAGUCAUGGGAAUGUUUGCUCUAGCAGAUAAGUUAAAGACAGACAGUGAAAAAGGUAAUUCAUAACUCACUGAAAACAAAUACUGUAUGCAACAAAUGUACUUUCAUAUGUGCAUUUUAAUCGUUUGUUCACAUACUGUAAAGUUAAUAAUAGUAAAUAUGUAUUUGUCUAUUGUUGAUAGUUGAACAUUGAGAGGCAGUUUCCUGGACACAGAUAAUUAAGCUACUCCUGGACUAAAAUGAAUUUUUAAAUGGAGAUUCUCCAUUGAUCUUGCUUUUUAGUCCAGGUGUAGGCUUUUUAUCUGUGUUCAGGAAGCUGCCCCUGAGUGUAGGCCUAGUUUUGCCAGGAAGUAAAAGCAGGAAAUUCAGCAUGCCAUACGUCAAUUUGCGCUUUAUUCAACUCAGGCUACAAAUACAGAACCUGUUGAUUCUUUACAAACCAUGUCAUGGAGAGUCUCUCUCUCUCUCACCAGGUCAAGCUGCUACUCCCCAGUCUAGCCAGGUUCAAUCUUCAGACAUGGAGACAAAGCAGUAUGGUAAUGUACCUGCCUUGUUUGCAUGGGAUAAAUGCAGAAAUAUUACUUAACUAGUGUUUUGAGAAGUUAUUACAAAAUAAUGGGAUUAAAUAAUUUAUGUAAUUGACCAGAUUCACACUGAGAGGCAUGAUAAAUAGAUGACCUAAAGGUACAUCUGCAAGACAAAAGUAUGCAUUUCACUGAGGAAAUAUUGAUAAUGGAAAAUAUAGCAUGCUCAACUCUUAAAAUAUCUUUGUUUGGUGCUGAUAUGAAAUGCAUUUUAAGAAAGAACUCAGAUUGUGAGCACUGAAUAUCAUUUUCAUUCAGGAAACAAUUCUGAUGCAAGGUCUUUCUUAUGUCGUGUUUGUCAAAUGAUGCCGAAAGAAAAACAUCUGUAUUUCGGUCUCACAUGUAUAGUCCUGUACAUGCACGGUUAGAUUAACUGAAAAUCAAUCAUUCUUUAAGGUUGUUUGAAUAACAAAUGUUCUCUAACACAGGUGCCCAGUUUGUGGAUAAUAACAGGGAAAAUCUUGUUAAAAGGGUUACCAUGGUGAUGCCAAUAGUAGAUAGCCUAUACCAGAAGAAAAUGAUCCAUGAUGAGGAUUACUCUGAAAUCACUGCAGCCCAAACCAGUAAUGCAAAGAUGAGAAAGCUGUAUGCGGCCCUGAUACCUGGAGGAAAGGUGGCUAAAUCAGCCUUUUACCAAGUUCUACUGGAACAACAAUCUCUUCUAGUCGAAGAACUGGGUAAGCUCCUCUCUCUCCUCUUUUGGUAACAUAACUAUCUAUCAGUGGAAUAUAUGUGUAUUACACUCCCUGCUCCCCUGGAAUCAGCUGGUAUGUUGACUAUAUAUAACGAGUUUGAAUGGAGAAGGUGAUGGUUUGUCAAAGGGCUGCGAAGUUCCCCCCUGUAAAUCGAACCAUGCACAAAACUGAUUAUCUCUCUUUGUUUUCCCAUAUGACUCCAGGUGGGAUUGGCCAGAAAUGAAGUCAACUUGAGCGGCUUCUACAGUCAUGGUCUGGACCUCUAGAAAGGUGCUGGCCAUCUACUCACUUUUUUUCAAAUCUUACCGUUGUCUCUCAACCAUGUACAUUACCAGUCAAAGUUUGGAC